AACAGGAAGCCCAUCUAUCGAAGCAUCCUCUCAGAUGGACUGCAAAAUAGCUCUUAAAAGCUACGGAAUUCGAUGUGCACCCGAGGAAGUAAUCCUAUUGGUUGCUCUAUUAACCUGCGAUGUUCUAAUUGGCUGUUUCCCUUGAGCUGUGUACACGCCUGUCAAACCUAUCUCGAGUCCUAUACUCCGGAGAGUUUCAACACAAGAUUAAGGAGUUAGGUAAUAUGUGGCGUGCGGUAUGAAUGGAUUUAGUGAUAAUGUACUUUACAGCUCUCUCCGCCUCUUCAAAUGACAAAGCUAUUAGGAGUCUUUUCUCAAACCUUCUAUGUCCAUUAUUCCGUGUGAGCGGCCACCAAACGAAAAGUAGGAAUCGAAGUUAAUUAUCAUUUACUUAGCAACUGGGUGGAAAAGACAUUAAUACUUGAGAUGGGGACGAAGCGUGUUUGGAAAAGCAGUGGGAUUGAGGGCUGAAAACUUUGAUAAGUGUGGAGAUCUGAUACGAUAGUGGAACGGUUGUAAACCACCAGAUAUAUUUUUUGAAGGAGUGAUCCGGCUUUUAAUCAAUUUUGCACAAGAUUUUGGUGUAAGACACAAGAUAUCGAUCCAAAUUACGCGUUUCUUGAUGUUUGAACACCAUAUAGCCGAUUGUAAAACUGACGGGAAAACGUUCUUGCUCGGCUUAGAGACGCGCAAGUCCUUCAACGCUCCGAAUUAUUUAACCAUAGUAAUCCGUGAGGAUUUACGGGUAACCAGAAAAUUAAGAGUAGACUCAAGUUAAUCAAAGCCCGGCAUUGGGAGUCAUGAUGGUGUGAAAUUUACUCAUAUCCAUAUUUACCCACGAAACGCGAGCAUUUUGGGAAUCACUUCAUUUCAUUGAGCACUUAAAAAGAGCAUCUGUUCUGAACAAACGAGUAUCAUCUGCGAAAACAUUCCCUUCUCAGGUUCCUUUACAAGUGCAUAGGGUUUGUUUUUCUUGAAUUCUUGGUUGAUAAGAGGGUUCAGUUUCAUUCAAAACAGUCUGCCUGUCUGCUAUGUGAGAGGCUGGUGGCAAGAGUUGAAUGUCAGCAAAUUGUCGCGAUAUCGAGGAUCAGUCUUCAGAGGGAAGUCCCGAGGACCGCUUCUUAGACAAUUUGGUACCAUCUCAAUCGUUGUGAGCGAUACAUAUAGAUGCAAAAGAUGAAUGGUGUUCUAUAAUAGCGUGUUCAUACGGAACGGAUGAAGCAGGGUUUAUCAUUGACGAUGGCUAAUUUGUCUUCGAAUUACAGCGAUGAAUUAUCAUCUGGCCUUGGCUCGAAACAAGACUUGGCAGACUUACAUGUUGUCGUCCUAUCUACAUCGUUUAUUGGGAUACUUAGCGUUCUUACCCUAGUAGGAAACUUUAUGGUCCUCGCCACUUUUUGCAUGUGCAAGGAGCUACGAAGUAUCACCAAUUAUUUUCUCGUUUCGCUCUCUGUUGCGGACAUCCUAACGGCUGUUCUUUCCAUGCCAAUUUUCCUCGUCCUUAGGAUAACAAAUGACAAGUGGAACUUCCCCGGAGGACAAGGAUUUGCCAUGAUAUUCGGCACGGUUGAUAUGCUCUGUGGCACAGCGUCCAUCUGGAAUCUCUGUUUAGUUAGCCUGGAUAGAUUCCUUGCUAUUUCAAUGCCCCUAAAACAUAUGGUGAUCUUAACCCCUUCCAGGGCGGUCUUCGUUAUUAUAGUUGCAUGGGCCCUGGCUCUCGGAGUCUCCUCUCUCAUACACGUAACUUGGGCGCACAAAGCAUACCUCAUUGUCACACUCAGUUUCUUUGUGCCUUUGGCAUUAAUUGUUUUCUCCUAUGUGAAGAUUUAUCAAGUAAAAACUGCGACUUCCAGUCUUCGGCGUACAGGAGGCACAAAGUUCAAGCGUGAUUUUCGAACAGCUCGUCAAAUGAUCAUCGUUAUUGGCUCGUUUAUUAUUUGUUGGUUUGGCUUUUUUGUAGUUAAUGUUGUUUUAGCCUCAAGAAAAGUCAACCCAAGUCCUGUGAUUCUAAACCUCGUCAAAGCUUUAACUUAUCUUAAUUCUUGCAUAAACCCUCUACUGUUUACGUUUAUUAGCCAGAAAUUUAAGAUUGCGUUUUCGCAGAUUUUCCGAUGCCAAAAACCGGAUUUGCGAUCCGCAACUCGACAUACCAACUCAACCAUUAGAAGGCAGAGUCAGUCUCGAAGAAACUGCUAUUCGGUGAUAAGCUCUAACUCCCCAAGCCCUGCGCCGAACCGAAGACUUCUACCAAUCAAUGAAGAAGCGCUGAUAGAAAAAGAGACAUGCCUGUGAUAAAAAGACAAUUUAUAAAAAGAAAGUCAAACCCAUAACGCUGGAAGGAAAGACAUUGUUGUCAAGGACAGCGGGGACGGCUGUGAAAGAACGUCUCUCGCCCAACUAAUAACAUUUGUUUGAAAAAGCUUUUUUCAAUUAAAAACUCCUUUGCGGUUAUUUCGUUUAUUGAAUCAAAUUCUUUGUUUUUUGAUUACGAAAAGUACACAAGGAAGCAAAGCUACUUUAUCUCGACGAAGACAAACCCACAAAAAUAAAACAUCUUUUUAUAGCGCGUUCUUUCGCGCUUUUUCAUGUUGCGUUUUAUACAAUUUAUUGGGAUUAUUUUUAUCAAGAAAAAAAGAUUUAGCAGGCCCUAGGCUUAAAUAUUCCUUUUAUUUGUGUUUGUUUGAUAUCGUAGACAGCUGAGUAACUUGUGUAGUCUGUAUAGUAAUAACCAUUUCUAUAGCAAUAAUAAAAAUUAAUUCGCUAGUCGCUAAAAGAGCUUUCUCUCAAAAGAUGGUACUAAAUGAAAACAUACAUAACGCCUUAGGCUUUCGUGAACUCGUAUUACCUUGGAAGAAUAAAAAGGUUGUGGAAUUGAUUAAUAUUCAACAAGCAGUCAGGGCCGAAUGAAAACCUAAGUUGAGGUAAAUAUCUUAGUGUAUUAUACACUCUCUUGUUAUCGAACUUUAAUAAAACAACGAGGAGAGUUUAGAAGAGAAAUUAUCAUACAAAAAAUUGUUUGCAGCAGCACUAAUAUAUCGAACACGGGUGAAUAAAUACAAAAAGCCCAAUAGUCGUGUUCGUGAACCAGAAGAAUAAAUAAUUCCAGUUUUUGGUGUUUUGAACACAGGUGAAGAUACAAUUGCUUGUUUGUUUGUAAUACUCGCUGUAUUACGAAUAAGAUACGCUAACCGCGAAACAAGUGGUUCUCUUAGAAGGUUAACAUUAACACAAAAAUAUUUUGGUUUGGGCGGUCUACCUGUAUAAAUAUCAAGCUGAGUGUUCGCAAUAGUCGCACCUACCACGGAAUGAACCAAAGGCCUCUCAAUCAAUACAGCAUGCAUUGCGUACACGAAUAUCUUAUUCAUUCAAAGUUUCUGUUGAAAUUUUAACAAAGAAAAAAGUAUUUCCGCAAUUGUAGUUUGGCUAUUAAAAUAGAACUAUAAUUGAUAAUAAAUAAUAAUUGUAAUAAAUCUACUUUGUGCAACAUCGCAACUCCGAUUCUUUUAACUCUUCAAUGAACUGAGCAUCUAAAGUAAAUUUAAUAUCUCUUACUUACUUAUAGCAGAAGGUCUAAUUGAGAAACCUAGUCAAACAGGUUUUUAAUUUCCAGUUAGUAGCUUGCAGUUUCGUUAUGUAUUUGUAUAGAAUUGUAUUUCAAGACAGGUCCCAGAUAAUGGCAUGUUUGACAGAUUGCGUACACAAGGCAAGUGCUACUGUGAAAACAAGGCAAGAAAUCAAACCAUAACUCGUCUGUGCUUGUAUCAUCAAAAAACAAUUAAAUACGUACUGUAUUUACACAGUGAAAUCGAAUAAAUAACACAUUAAAUAAGAA